GGGCCAAAUUUGUGGCUACCACACUCAUCUAGCUGGUCAUCAUCAGUAAACUAAAACACAACUCUUUCUCUCUCCUCCUCUCUCUUCCCCCAAAUCUCCAUUGUUGUAACUCCCAAGCUUUCUCUCUCCUCCGAAAAAUGUUCGCUCGUCGGGCGGCCCAACGAAUGUUGGAGAUCCGUCAUGUUUUGCGUCAAUCUCCUCAGGCUUCUCGAUCGUUUUCUACUGCUCUAAACUAUCACCUUGAUUCACCUGAUAACAAUCCUAACGUUAAUUGGAAGUUCAGUGAAGCAAACCAACAAAAGGUGAGGGAGAUAUUAUCUCACUACCCAUCAAACUACAAGCAGUCUGCUGUUAUUCCUUUGCUGGAUCUUGCUCAACAGCAGCAUGGUGGUUGGCUUUCUGUUUCAGCAAUGAACGAGGUGGCCAGGAUAAUAGAGGUCGCUCCUAUCCGUGUUUUUGAGGUUGCAACUUUCUAUUCAAUGUUUAAUCGGACAAAGGUGGGAAAAUAUCAUCUUUUAGUUUGUGGAACAACACCUUGUAUGAUCCGUGGCUCACGAGAUAUUGAAGAAGCCCUGUUGAAACACCUAGGGGUGAAGCGAAACGAGGUAACAAAGGAUGGUCUUUUUUCUGUUGGAGAAAUGGAGUGCAUGGGAUGUUGUGUGAAUGCUCCUAUGAUUACUGUUGCUGAUUACUCCAAUGGAUCUGAAGGAUAUACUUACAACUACUAUGAGGAUGUUACUCCAAAACGUGUAGUGGAAUUAGUUGAGAUGUUGAGGAGAGGAGAGAAGCCUCCUGCUGGCACCCAAAAUCCAAACAGAAUCAGGUCAAGCCCAGAAGGAGGAAAUAAAACAUUGUUAGGAGAACCGAAGCCUCCUCCAUGCAGGGAUCUUGAUGCUUGCUGAGGUUGGCAUCUGGAGGAUAAUGCUUCAAAUAACGUGAAUACAUGAUGUUUAUUUCAAUGAUACACCCCCAUGCUCUGAUGAGCUUGUAGCAUUUUUGCUGUACUGAUGCUGUUUUCCCACAUAUGUGGUUUUUAGCUUUUACGUUAGGUGUUAUAAGGAAUUAUUGUUCGAAGAGCUCCUGUGCAUGAGCUCGAUGAUGGGAAGAACUGAAUAAUCCCCUGCAAUUUACUUCCGGUAUCUCCUUGUGAGAAAAGCUUUAAGUUGAAUGAGCAUUGUUUGGAGUUUGUUGUACUUAA